AGUGUGAAACAGUCAGUAAUAGGAUGCCGAGUAUAAAAGGUUUUUGAAUCUACAGAAGGUUUUCUGAACAGUUUGCGUAGUUACCAACAGCAUUUAGUGCCUUUCAGCUCUAAUUUAUCACAGGAGGUGCAAGAGAAACAAUGCAUUUAUUUAAAGGGAUCCUUACACUUCUGCUAUGCGGCACAAUCUCUGCUCUUCGUGAUGGAGACGUGAGACUGGUUGAUGGAAACCGCACCUAUGAGGGUCGAGUGGAAGUUUAUUACAGAGGAACCUGGGGAACAGUGUGUGAUGAUGAAUGGGAUAUUAAGGAUGCUUCUGUAGUCUGCAAAUCUUUAGGGUUUUCUGGUGCCAGUGAGGCCAAAAAGGGAGGAGCAUUUCCAGCAGGGAUUGGCUCCAUUCUGUUGGAUGAUGUUAGCUGCACUGGGAAUGAGAGUUCUCUGGCAGAUUGUAAUUUUAAAGGCUGGGGAACAAGUGACUGCAAACACAGUGAAGAUGCUGGGGUCGUUUGUGUCCCAAGUGAUGAUGAUGGAAAUUUCACAGUUUACACUUUGGAUAAUUCAUGUCAACUUGGCACCUCUCUCAGUGCUCUCUUUGAUGGCCAGAAGAAUUGUGAUCUCUUCAUCACAGUGACAAGUGGAUUGGGAGAAACACAACCUCUGGAACUAUGUGCUCACAAGCUCAUCUUAAUGCUGAACCCAGAGGCAAACUUUCUGCUUAAAGGAGAAGGGAAUAAAGUAUCUCUCAAUGUGCAGGAGGAUUGUACGCCUCAUGUCAAAAGGUUUAUCAGGUAUUUAUACAGUAAUAAGAUCAAGGUGACGUUGGCAUCUGUAAAGUGCAUCCACCAGUUGGCUUCAACGUACAAAGUUUCCAGUCUGCAGGAGUAUACAGCCCAGUUCUUUGCUAUCCUGAUUCCACAAGACCCGUCCUUCAGAAGGCAGCUAGAACUUCUUGCCUAUGCAGAAUCAAGCAAUGACCCCAAACUCCAACAACUCUGUCUCCAAUACCUGGCUUGGAAUUUUGAGACCUUCUCUCAGACCAGUGCCUGGUAUACACUAUCUGUUCAACAGCUGUCCUCACUUCUCGCCAGGAGUGAUCUUGUUGUCAAGAGUGAGCUGGAUCUACUCCAGGCUCUGCAGAAUUGGAUCACUACAAAUGAUAUACAUGGGGAAAGUCAGAAGCAGCUUAUUGAUAAAAUCCGGUUACCAAUGUUGACACCUGAAGAACUUUUCAAUAUCCAGUUUAAUUUAACUUUAUACCAAGAGAACAAAAACACUUUCCAACAUAAAAUGCUACAGGCUCUGACAUACCACACAGUGUCUCUCCAAUUACUAAACAAAUAUAUCAACCUGACAGAUGAUUUCUACACACCUAGAGUCUAUACUUCAUCCACAUGGAGUGUACAGGUUUCGAUAGGUUAUAAUUAUCAAAAUUACUUAAAUACUCCAAAGUACACCAGUUUUAUGUAUGGUUCCCAGUUAAUCCAAUGGAAUACUGGUUAUAUACCCAACAUACAGACCUGCUGGAACUAUGGCUUCUCUUGUACAGCUGAUAUGUUGCCUGCUAUAAGACUCUAUACCGGUUCCUAUGAUCCAUACAUCCAAUACCAUAAUGUGAUAGUGCAGAUUUGUGAUGGAACCAGCGUUAUAGGAAUAGAAGAGGUUAAAAAUAGUAUGGCUUGGCUUCCAGAUAAUAAAAAUAAUACACAGUUUCCUUGCAGCUCACAGUCUCUUAGUAUAAAGGUUGUGGUCCGUCCCACAUACGUAUCCAGCUGAACUUAGUCCUGUGUCCAUGAAGCUAUCUUCUUAGUACUAGAGACAUGUAGGAGUUGUUUGUGAUAAUUGCUGUACUUUUUGUGAAAAAGUGUUCACAGAUCCUUUUAAUUGUAGUUAUACUGUAGGUUUCAAAGGGAACAAACUUCAAUACUGACUUUGUAAAGGAUAAAAAUCUGUACCUAGUGUGUGUUGAUAAUUUUUAGAUGUUGCAGAUGACUGGAUCUGUAAUAGUAAAAUAAAGUCUUCUUUGUGUUACCAUUUUA